UCAUCCUUUCAAUCCAGGAAAUCAAAAAGAAUCUUCUGCGUUCUUUGAACACCAACAAUGGAGUCACUGUGAGUUUCGUUAACUCGAUCGACACGAAGAAUCUCUACGGUUGUCUUCAGCUGCAUCCUUUGGUCUCCUCUUCAAAUCAACAGAAACACUUCGAGUUACAGAUUCAUUGCUUUCUUAACUCCAUAGAUCUGACAUUGAAUGCGAGUUACCCCUCUGCAAGGCGUCCGGCUGCUGUCCCUCCACCCUCGAAGUAAGGUUUCUCAGAUUCUUGGAUUAUGAAAGUCGAUAUGCUGCUACUGGAUUCAAAGCAACCACUAAUGUCCACCGGCUUUCCCUACCAAAGCGUGCUCCCCAGCUAGCAUUGCUCGCCUCAAUAGCUUAGACAAGAGAACCAUUGAUGUGGUCGCUUCAAGAUUGUAUUUUAGCAUUCUUUGAGUUACGAGAUCACUGGUCAUCUUGCUGUGGUUCACUUCUGUCCUUGCACCAUUCUGUAACGCUGUGUCAUGAUGAGUUGGGUCAGGAAAGGCUUCUAAAUCUCUGGCUUAUCAACUACCUGCACUACAACCUUUAUGACCAAGCAGAGAAGUUGAGAUCAAAAGCACCAAGAUUUGAGAAACAUUCUGACCAACAGGUAUCUGUGGUGUUUUUGAUGGGGAUUCAAGAACAUGCAUCUGCAUUAGAAACACAAAUGGUAAAGCUUAUAUCUAAACAGAAGAGUAUUGCGUUUAUGAGGACACAGCUUGGUUACUAGAAUACGAGAGAGGUGGAGUUCUUGUGACAAUAGAAAAGGCACUUAGUCAGCAUAUCUCUGACCAUGAAAACAAAAGAGCAGAUGCAAAUUGCAUUUUAUGUUCUGUCGCAGAGAGAGAAAUCAUAAUCAUUAAGAUUUUGAACUAAGCCAAGGGGAGUGGAGAGAAAGGCAUAAAAUACUUCUACAAAAUUGUAGAGAGGAAUGGUGACUUGGAGCUCUUCAGGAACAUCCAAUAGAGUUUUGCAAACACAUUUUCUGAAGACACUCACGGCCUCAUAGUCAGGCUCUGACACAAUUAGAACCAGACUACAUAACAUCAGCAUUUCCUACUCAAGAACCUCAUUUAAAAUUGUGUCAAAGAAUCCAAAGAUGCAAGUUAGCAUAAGCCCGUCAGCUAACUAAACCUAACUAAAGAUAGAACUGUAAAAGCUGAAUAUGAACAGUUGGAUUAAUGUUUGGUUAUAAACUAACUUGCUGCAGGAGGGAAUAUGUGGCAUAAUUGCAGCGGUUUCAUCCUCCAAAAAGAAAAUGGAGAACGGUCCAAGUCACAUUUUCAUAAAAGAUUUUAAUACUUUUUGUUAUUGGUGACUGGUUGAGUUGUGAGGAUUUGGUUAUAGUAGGCUACAUAUCUCAGAUUCAAUAUUUACUUUUAACCGAAUUGAAUCGACGGAUGUGAUUUACAGUUUU